UUCCUGGACGCUGAAGGCAGGCGGAUGAGAAUAAAAUAUUGUCAUUUCCGGAUUAACCAUAGUGGUGAGAAGAAGUGUAUUUUCUUUAUACCGGCAUUAUCGUUUACAGGAUUGUAAAAUCCACGUACAUCCAGCAAAUUAUUGAUCAUGCUUUCCUGAAAGAAGCAUGAUUAGCCAAAAAGGCGUAAGGUAGAAAGAAUUUAAACUAUAAUAGUUGGAUAAGCGUCGGUAAAAUGUAUCUUUACAAUUUGACGCUUCAACGUGCCACCGGCAUUACACAUGCCGUUCAUGGCAAUUUUUCCGGCAGUAAAAUGCAAGAGAUAUUGGUUUCUCGAGGGAAAUCACUCGAAUUAUUGAGACCUGAUCCAAAUACAGGAAAAGUGCACACACUAUUAACUGUUGAAGUUUUUGGAAUUAUAAGAUCGUUAAUGGCAUUUAGAUUAACGGGUGGAACCAAAGAUUACAUUGUCGUUGGCACUGAUUCAGGACGAAUUGUUAUUUUGGAAUACAAUCCUACCAAAAAUUCAUUUACUAAAGUCCAUCAGGAAACUUUUGGAAAAAGUGGAUGUCGACGAAUUGUUCCCGGACAAUAUUUGGCCAUUGAUCCAAAAGGGCGUGCUGUUAUGAUAGGUGCAAUUGAAAAACAAAAAUUGGUGUAUAUUUUGAAUCGUGAUCCAGAGGCACGACUUACCAUUUCCUCGCCAUUGGAAGCGCACAAAAGUAACACUUUAGUUUAUCACACAGUCGGCGUUGAUGUUGGUUUUGAAAAUCCAAUGUUUGCAUGCCUUGAAAUCGAUUACGAGGAAGCCGACAGUGAUCCAACGGGUGAUGCGGCAGUGAGAACACAACAAACAUUAACAUUAUAUGAACUUGAUUUGGGUUUAAAUCAUGUUGUUCGAAAAUACAGUGAACCACUUGAGGAGCAUGCAAAUUUUCUCGUCUCUGUACCAGGAGGAAAUGAUGGACCAAGUGGUGUACUUAUUUGCUCGGAAAAUUAUUUAACUUACAAAAAUCUUGGUGAUCAACACGAUAUUCGUUGUCCAAUUCCAAGGCGAAGAAAUGAUUUAGACGAUCCUGAGAGGGGAAUGAUUUUUGUUUGUUCAGCGACGCAUAAAACAAAAAGCAUGUUUUUCUUUUUGGCACAAACAGAGCAGGGUGAUAUUUUUAAAAUUACCCUCGAGACUGAUGAGGAUAUGGUUACGGAAAUUAAAUUAAAAUAUUUUGAUACAGUACCCGUGGCGUCAAGUAUGUGUGUACUUAAAACUGGUUUCUUAUUUGUUGCCUCUGAAUUUGGAAAUCACUAUUUAUAUCAAAUCGCACAUCUUGGUGAUGACGAUGACGAGCCAGAAUUCAGUUCAGCAAUGCCUUUAGAAGAAGGUGAUACAUUUUUCUUUGCACCAAGACCUUUGAGAAAUUUGGUACUUGUCGACGAAAUGGAUAGUUUAUCACCUAUAAUGGCUUGUCAGGUGGCCGAUCUUGCGAACGAAGAUACACCACAAUUGUACAUAGCCUGCGGAAGAGGUCCACGAUCUACAUUGAGAGUAUUGCGUCAUGGUCUCGAAGUUUCUGAAAUGGCUGUCAGCGAACUUCCCGGAAAUCCUAAUGCUGUUUGGACAGUGAAGCGACGUAUUGACGAGGAAUAUGAUGCUUACAUCAUUGUGUCGUUCGUAAAUGCAACUUUGGUACUUAGUAUUGGAGAAACUGUCGAAGAAGUAACGGAUUCUGGUUUUUUGGGUACAACGCCAACGUUGAGUUGUUCUGCAUUGGGAGAAGAUGCUUUAGUGCAGGUUUAUCCCGAUGGUAUUCGUCAUAUAAGAGCAGAUAAACGUGUUAAUGAAUGGAAAGCACCGGGAAAGAAAACAAUAGUAAAAUGUGCUGUUAAUCAACGUCAAGUUGUGAUUGCCCUAACUGGCGGAGAAUUGGUUUAUUUUGAAUUGGACGCUACCGGUCAAUUGAAUGAAUAUACGGAAAGAAAGAAAAUGCCCUCGGAAGUAAUGUGCAUGGGUUUGGGUAAUGUACCAUCUGGUGAGCAACGAUUUCCCUAUCUCGCUGUGGGUCUUCAAGAUAAUACGGUGAGAAUAAUGUCUCUUGAUUCUAAAGAUUGUUUAUCGCCAAGAAGUAUGCAAGCAUUGCCAGCGGCUGCUGAAAGUUUAUGUAUCGUGGAAAUGGGUUUGAAAGAUGCUGACAGUUCAGAUGAUGCUCGUCCAAAACAAUCGAGUUUUUAUCUCAAUAUUGGCCUACAAAAUGGCGUGUUAUUGAGAACGGUUUUAGAUCCAAUAUCCGGUGAUUUGGCUGAUACACGAACGAGAUAUUUAGGUUCACGUGCUGUUAAACUUUUUCGUAUAAGAAUGCAGGGUAAUGAAGCAGUUUUAGCAAUGAGUAGUCGCUCAUGGUUAAGUUACUAUUAUCAAAAUCGUUUUCAUUUAACGCCAUUGUCUUAUGAAAGUUUGGAAUUUGCUUCUGGAUUUAGUUCUGAACAAUGUCCCGAGGGUAUUGUUGCAAUUUCCACGAAUACAUUGAGAAUUUUAGCACUUGAAAAACUUGGUGCUGUAUUUAAUCAAGUUAGUUUCCCAUUGGAAUAUACGCCGAGGAAAUUUACAAUUCAUAAUGAUUCGGCACAUUUAUUAGUACUUGAAACGGAGCACAAUGCCUAUACAGAGGAAACGAAACAUCAACGACGAUUACAAAUGGCUGAGGAGAUGCAAGAAGCUGCAGGCGCUGAGGAAGCUGCAGUUGCACGAGAAUUGGCGGAAGCAUUUUUAACUGAAGAAUCAAAUGAAGCUGUUUUUGGUGCACCAAGAGCUGGUCCUGGAUUAUGGGCUUCUUCUAUUCGUAUUAUUAAACCAACAACUGGAGAAACAUUAGAAAAAUAUGGAUUGAAACAAAAUUUGGCUGCUUUAAGUUUGGCAAUGGUGAAAUUUGCAAAUCAAGGAAAUCAACAAUUUUUAAUUGUUGGUGUUGCCAAGGACUAUCAACUUAAUCCGAGAAUAAGCAACGGAGGAUAUCUCUAUACUUACAGAAUAAAUGACGAUUGUACAAAAUUGGAAUUGUUGCAUGAGACAGUUGUCGAUGAGAUUCCACUUGCUAUUUGUUCGUAUCAAGGACGUGUUUUAGUUGGUGUUGGUAGAAUGUUACGAUUAUAUGAUAUGGGGAAGAAAAAAUUAUUACGAAAAUGUGAAAAUAAACACAUCCCUAAUGCAAUUGUCAGUAUUAAUGCGGUGGGACAUCGUAUUUAUGUUAGCGAUGUUCAGGAAUCUGUUUACGCUGUGAGAUAUAAACGACAGGAAAAUCAACUUAUUGUUUUUGCCGAUGACACACAUCCUCGAUGGAUAACGACCACUUGCGUUUUAGAUUAUGAUACAGUAGCAACUGCUGAUAAAUUUGGAAAUAUUGCUGUGAUAAGACUGGCGACUGGAGUAAAUGACGAUGUGGAUGAAGAUCCAACGGGAAAUAAAGCAUUGUGGGAUCGAGGAUUAUUAAAUGGUGCGAGUCAAAAAGCAGAAACUGUCGCUUGUUUUCAUAUUGGCGAAACAGUGAUGUGUUUACAAAAAGCAACACUUAUACCUGGUGGAUCGGAGAGUUUAGUUUAUACAACACUUAGUGGAACUGUUGGCGUUCUUGUACCAUUCACAAGUAAUGAGGAUCAUGAUUUCUUUCAAAGUUUAGAAAUGCAUAUGCGCUCAGAACAUCCACCACUUUGUGGUCGUGAUCAUCUUUCAUUUAGAUCUUAUUAUUAUCCUGUGAAAAAUGUCAUUGAUGGUGAUUUAUGUGAACAAUUUAAUUCAAUUGAGCCUACAAUUCAAAAAAGUAUUGCUGGUGAUUUAGAUAAAACAUCAUCGGAAGUGUCAAAGAGAUUGGAAGAUAUUCGAACGCGCUACGCCUUCUAAAAAGACUUUUUUAAAUCACAGUAUUUUUGUUUCUGUUUUUUUAAAUAACAAAAAUUCUGUUAGCAACUAGUAAUUCAGGUAACAAAAUAUUUAUACCAUUAAAAUAAUUAUUUACAAGUUGACAU